AUGCCCUUUUCCCAAUUGUCUCCAUUUUCUUCUAAAUCCAAUCCAAAAUCCACAACCCAGAAUCACAUUACCACAAUCCCAAGAAAAUCCACUACAAGAAGACCCAUUUCUCUCGCUGCACCAGUCCCACGAGUUCCAGACACAGUAAGUGCUUCUAUUGUCAACUCAGUAUGCUCUUUACUCUCUAAAGAUACCCAUGAAAUCACAAGCAUUGAUAGUUUGUUGAAAAACUUCAAAGAAAUGUUGAGCUCAGAACUUGUGCUUCAAAUUUUGAUGAAUUAUAAGCAGUUGGGUAGGAGUAAAACCUUGCAGUUCUUUUCUUGGGCUGGAUUUCAAAUGCGUUUUCAGUUUGAUGACUCUGUGGUUGAGUACAUGGCUGAUUUCUUAGGUAGGAGGAAGCUCUUUGAUGAUAUGAAGUGUCUUCUUUUGACUGUGUCUUCGCACAAGGGUCGAGUUUCCUGUCGGUCUGUGUCCAUUUGUAUUAGGUUUCUGGGUAGGCAAGGGAGGAUUAAAGAAGCCCUUUGCGUGUUUGAAGAAAUGGAAUCAAAAUUUGGGUGUAAACCCGAUAAUCUUGUGUACAAUAAUAUGCUCUACGUGCUUUGUAAGAAGGAGUCAUCUGGGCAUUUAAUUGAUUUUGCACUUGCAGUUUUUCGGAGAAUCGAAUCCCCUGAUACAUAUUCGUAUAGUAACAUGCUCGUUGGUUUAUGUAAAUUUGGUAGAUUUGAGACUGCCGUUGAAGUUUUUGGUGAUAUGUGUAAGUCUGGCUUGGUUCCUACUCGGUCUGCAGUGAAUGUUCUUAUUGGAGAUUUGUGUUUAUUUAGUGCGAAAGAAGGAGCUGUUGAGAAAGUAAGAGUGAAAGAUCCUUAUAGAACCUUUACAAUUUUAGUUCCUAAAGUGGGUGGAAACAGUGAUGCUAUACAGCCUGCAGUUGGAGUGUUUUGGGAAGUUUAUAAAUUGGGUUUAUUACCUAGUGCAUUUGUCAUAAUCCGGCUUAUAUCGGGCCUUUGUCAACUGGGAAAAGCGGAAGAGGCUGUCAAGGUCUUGAAGGCCGUUGAGGGUAAGAAGCUGAGUUGUGUCGAAGAGGGCUACUGCAUUGUGAUGAAGGCUUUGUGUGAACACUGUUACGUUGAUGAAGCUAGCAAGUUGUUUGGGAGGAUGCUCUCCCACUCCAUGAAACCAAAGUUGGCUGUUUAUAAUCAUGUUAUCACUAUGCUAUGCAAAUUAGGGAAUGUGGAUGAUGCUGAAAGGGUCUUUAAGAUAAUGAACAAGAAUAGAUGUCUUCCAGAUGGUAUGACCUAUUCUGCGUUGAUCCAUGCUUAUUGCGAAGCUAGAAAUUGGGAAACUGCUUAUGGCUUAGUGAUAGAAAUGCUUGGGUUGGGCUGCUCACCACAUUUUCACACUUAUAGGUUAGUUGACAAAAUUUUGAGGGAAAAUGGGCAGAUGGAUUUGUGUCUUAAAUUGGAAAGGAAGUUGGAAACCGUGACGUUGCAGAAGCUGUGUAAAGAUGGCCAGUUAGAAGCUGCAUAUGAGAAACUAAAAUCAAUGAUUGAAAAGGGGUUUUACCCACCAGUUUACGUGAGGGAUGCUUUUCAGAAUGCGUUCCGAAGGUAUGGAAAAUCGAAAAUAGCUCAGGAAUUGCUAGAGAAGAUAGAUGAAAUAGAUAGAACUUAG